AUGUAUUGGCGACCGCAAUGCUGUGCAGAGAUUGCAAGCAAUCGCCGGAACCAACAAACGUGUUCACACGGAUCGUUGCACUCAUACGAUCGAAAUUCCUCACCACGUCCGACGACCCUUGCGGUCAGCCCUAUCAAUGUUCCCGGGAUGACGGAACUCUAUCGAUACCGAGGCAGCUCUUCUUCAGAUGAGCUUGUGAAGCUGACCAGUCCUGUGAGUGUCAUUCAUCAUAUUUCCAUGGGUAACAAAUCGAAAGCUGUGACGAUCGUUGAGGAAACCUCGCCUGCGAUGUCACCUUGGGUCAGGGCACUUCGGCACGUAAACCAGGUGAGAGAUUCUGAAUCAUCAUAUGGAUCGAGCGUAGCAGCUACACUGCUAUGCAACUUGGAAGCAAAUCCCAAUCGCUAUGGAGAACGGGUAUCAUUCCACAAUGUCUUCAUCGGCACGCCGGCUCUCGAACUUUUGACUGUUCCUCCCGGUUUUGAUGGUGUCCAGAAGCCCGGCGCCAACGCUUUUGGGGUGAUGCAAGAUGCAUGUCGUAAAGUCGUAAUGAUGAGAAAGCAGUAAUCGUCGUGAUCGAAGAGUCCUAUCACCCAUCACCCGGAUAUCACCGGCUCAAAGGUCCUCUGAAAAUGCUGGAAAUAGAAAAGCGGCUAGUAGUCGACUCCGCCUCCGAAGCUGUGCUGUCUUUGCGAGAGAGAGUGUUGGCCUUGAUUUCGUUCACCAUGUUGCCAGCGCCACCACGUCCGAUACGGUAAACUGGAGUAGAGUGCUGUCGAGACUUGAGUUCUUCAUCGAAUUGGAAGAUUGGUUCUUCGGUCUCGGAGAACAUGUUGCCUGCGCCACCACGUCCGGCUGGAAUGUGUCGUCGGAAUGGUCGCGAAAGUGUGAUUCGCGAUGCUGGGCCGCUGGCAUUUUGACCGUCGGUGAUCUCUUCUGCCUUGUAGCGCUUGAAGUUGCCUGCGCCGCCACGACCACCGCCGACGUAGCCUCCUGAUUUGGGGACGGUUGGAUGUGGCUCUACUACGCUGUAGUUGGGAGACAUUUUGUGUGGUUGAUGUGAUGGUAUGGUGUAGUGGGUGGUUGUUGUGGUUAUCGGUGAGCACAGAUAGUGUUGCUAGUGAUCGAGUAUAGUGUUGAUGUGG